GCGAAGCGGCCGCCAUAGCAACGGCGGGAUGAACGCGCCUCCGGCCUUCGAGUCCUUCCUGCUCUUCGAGGGCGAGAAAAAGAUCACCAUCAACAAGGACACCAAGGUGCCCAACGCCUGCCUGUUCACCAUCAACAAGGAGGACCACACGCUCGGCAACAUCAUCAAGUCGCAGCUGCUCAAAGACCCGCAGGUGCUGUUUGCAGGGUACAAGGUCCCACACCCUCUGGAACAUAAAAUCAUCAUCCGUGUCCAAACCACGCCAGAUUACAGCCCCCAGGAGGCUUUCACCAAUGCCAUCACAGACCUGAUCAGUGAGCUCUCCCUCCUGGAGGAGAGGUUCAGGGUUGCAAUUAAGGACAAACAAGAAGGAAUUGAGUAAAAUGGAGCAGACUGUUACUUCUGAGGCAGAAUGACGUGUCUGUUACUGGAUGAAAUAUUUAAACCUCCACUCAUGGCAAAAAUUUUCCCCCCCUGUCCCACUUCUGUUUAAUUUUUGACAGCAAUAUUUUAAUUUUUAUUUUCAUAGCCAACAGGCACUUUGCCAAGAGGAUAAAUGUCAUGUUGGAUUUGGUGGAUAAGUCAUUAAAGUGAUUUUUAGUUUUCUAA